AUGACUCAAAAUAGACCUUUUACAAAUUUCGCUUCCAUUAAUAAUGGCCGAAUACUUUGGACACGAUCUCCAAGAAUUAUUAAUCAAAGAGGAAGACGAAUUCAGUAUAGAAGACGACGUAAUGCAAAUGUUCAACUCAUCAAUAAUGAAGAAAUGUUGAAUCGGAUUGUAAAACUUCCUAUGCAAGCUACAAAUGAUCCAUGCAUAAAUGGAUUUUUCAAUG